GAGAGAGAGAGAGAGAAAUUGGUAAAUAAACUGAAGUGGAAGAACCGAGUUCCAACGACCCCCUUGCCAGUGACUGUCCCGAGCGGCACCAACCUUGCGUGGGUCCAGAGAAGGAAACCUGUGCCAGUGUUACAGACCCAAGGUAUUUUGUAUAAAUGGGAGGCUCACCGAGUUGUCAAAUUGCAGCAGUAGACAUGAAGGGCCCAGUCGCUGAGAAAGUCAAUGAGAAAAUUAAGAGCCAUUGUGUGAUGAUUUUCUCAAAGACCUACUGUCCUUAUUGCAAGAUAGCUAAGAAGGCAUUUAGUGAUAUUGGAGUCCCUUAUGAAGUGUAUGAAAUUGAUAAGCAACCUGAUGGUGCAGCAGUGCAAGAUGUUUUAGACAACAUGACUGGUGCCAGAACUGUACCCAGAGUGUUCAUAGGAGGGAAGUGCAUAGGUGGAGGAACGGAAACAAGGCAGCUCUACAAGGAAGGAAAAUUAGCUGAUUUGGUUCAGCAAAGUUGUGAAAAUAAAUGAUUUUAUUGUAUUAUA